AUGGGGCAGCAGCAGAGCUUACGUGCAGACUGGUCCAGUCAGUUUCGCUGGCGAGGAAAAGCUGUGACCCUUGACUUGAGCGGCUUGACAGCCUCGUUGUCGACGGAUGUGAGUUUGCACUACUCUAGAACCUAUUCGCAUACGCUUACGUUCACGAUCUCAGAAAAGUUUGAUGCGAAAGAUGUCGACCCACGUUUCACCACAGGGCCAAAACUAACAUGCAGUACGCGGUCCCGCGAGGAAGUGGUACACAAGGCGCAUUGCUCCGGCAAGAAGAUCGUUGUGUACGCAUGGGUGGAAGUCGAAGCAGCCUUUGAAUUCAAGCGGGAAGGCUUCUGGAGCAGGCAGUGGGUGGCUUCUGCUGAGGUCGAGGUCUCUUGGAAGGUUCGGGCUGAGGUGUCCGAUGCAAGUUCCGACAAGGGUGAUCCAGCUUUUGAGGGCCUCCCAUCUUUGCUGGCAGCCGGUGCAGCCGCCGUCGCCCUGGCAGCAAGGAAGAUCUAA